AUGACGUGGCCUAAUGAUCAACGAAGUGAAUUGAAAAUCAUGAAGUUUCAAGUUCAAAUUUCAGAUACUUCUAUCUAUUUGCCAUUUCUUUCCUCUCUCUUUGUGAGAAUUUAUUUUAGAAUAAUAUUAUCUAUGGAGCAGCCUAUGUCCUCUGACUCUCAUGAAUCAGGUGUUUCUAUGCAAUCAUAUAAUAUGGACUAUCAAGGCCACUUUGAUCUAGGUUUAUUUGGUCAAUCCCUGGGCCGGAUUAUGCUGCCAUUGAAUUUGACCUCCCAUGAUGAAAGCCCAAUAUUUGUCAAUGCCAAGCAAUAUCAUGGGAUACUUAGGCGUAGAAAAUUCCGCGCAAAGGAAAUGGAGAAGAACUUAUUUAAACCGCGUAAGCCAUUCUUGCACCUCUCGCGCCAUCUCCAUGCCAAGAGUAGACCUAGGGGAGGUGGGGGGCGCUUCUUGAAUACGAGGAAGACGAAUGGAAGUAUCAACGAUGAUGCAAACGGUACAACCAAGACUAGCAACAAGAAAUGUCAUCACACUAUAUCACAAAAUUCUGAAGUUUUGCAGUCUGAUGUAUUCAAUUUUAACUCAAUAAAGGAAACAACUAACAAUAUGUCCUCUAUUGGAUACUGGCCAUGACAUUUUCAUGGCCAGUAAGUGGGGUUCUGCAGCAGCAGUUUAUAGCUACUGCUGCAGAAACCCCAGAAAUUGAUGCGUUUUACCCUUACUACAACCAAAUUGAGGUCUAUGGACUCUGUUCCUACCGCAAUUUGGUUUCUAGAAUAGGCAGAUCAUCCUUGGCUAUACUCAUUAAGGUUGCUUCUAUAUAUCAUUCCAUGUAGCUAUUCAGAUAGCUACAUGGAUGUUACGAAGUGCUAAAACCUUAAUGCACUUUUUCUUUAUAGUAGGACGUAUAUCCUAAAUCGAAAUAAGUUUAUGAAGGUUCAAAAUUAUCAAGUUUGUGAUGUUGUGUAUAUGUUGGCUUGUAAAAAUUGAGUUGAAGUAUUGAUUUAGUA